UUUCAGAUUCUUUUCACUAGUCACUCUUUUAAACCCUUUCAAGACCAUCGUUUUCAACUAGAAUAAACACUGUUCAUCCCGGUGUAUUUUGAAGCAAAAGCUGAGUCAUAAACAUAAUUUUUAGGUUGACUGUAAAAGUUUUUCUAGCACCUCAGAAAAUAAGUGGCAGUUUGAGAUUAUCAUAAAGUUGUGCCAAAUCUCCCUUUAUUAAAAAGGUGAGGCUAUUAGGUUUGGUCUAAAAGGGGUUAAAAGGAGUUGCAUUUUUCCUUGUAAACACUAGCAGUUUUGCUGGUGGAAUAGUUUGUGGAUUAUUGUGAAAGGUCACUGAACCCUUUUUGAGUUUUUGAGUAGGUUAAAGGUGCAAUGUAUGAUAAAAUGUUUAUACUUUGUGGCUAAACUCUAGCAAGUAGAAUUUCUUCAAAGCUCCAUGUUUCACAUUAAACACAGGAGACUAAAAGUUGAUGAUAGAUCAGGAUAGCUUAGCCAUGUUUAUGUGGUGAAGAAGUUGAUGUGUAUAAUAGAUUGUACAAUGAUUUGUGGUCAGUGUAAUUUUGCUAACUCACUCUUACAAUAUGUCCAGUUGCUGGUUGUUUUAUUUUCCCUCGUGUUACUAGUUUUACUCUUGAGAAAUAAUUUCCACCUGUACAGAUAUGUUUAUGGUUUCUUCUUAGGAAGUAAUAUUUUGUAAAUUAUUGCUUAAAUGAGUAAAUAUACUAGUCCACAAUUGUUUAACUUUAGGGUACAUAGUGUAAACAUUAUGCUUUAUGUUCUUAGGUCACUUGAUUGACAUGAAAUUUUACCUAGUAAGUGUAUGCAGAUUGUGGGGUUAUUAUAUAGUUUGAUCAUUUAAAGAGUAUUGUAUUUUUGUUAUAAUGUAAGAAUCCUUUUAAGUCAGCUGCUCUUAAUAUUUUCUUUGCAGAGGAAAGUAUUUCUAGUAAAAAAUGUAGUAGGGUACACGUUUUUGACUGGUUAUUAACCUUUGAUAUGUCAGUGUAGCUUGUUAUACUUGUGUAGAAAUUUUGCAUUUUUAACAGUUACUCUUUACUUAUGUAAAAAUGCAUUGCACCUUUAAUGCGUAAUUAAGGAAGAUUUUCCUGUUGUGACUUUUUAAAUUACCUGGAAACACAACUAGGUUAGAUAGGCAUUCCUGAGCAUAGUAUACAAAUGUAAGCAACUGAUACAUUACAGUUCCACUAUACUUCAUGAUCAUAGGUUAAUUGAAAAUAGUUGGGAUGAUAGGCUGUGGGUUUUGAAUUGAAAAUCCAUUCUAGUUUGAAAAUUUGGAAAACACUUAAUAUUUUCCAUGCUGUAUAUUAUUUUAGGCAAAGUGUGUUUUCUUAAUGAGGCUUCAAAAGUAAAUUUCGUUUUCAUAAUAAACAAGUAUUCCUGUACUUUGUAUUUACCAUUCUAGUCUGAAUGGACUUUUCUUUCUUUCCUCCUGUUAGUGAAGUAGAUGAGCCAAUAGGACCUACAUUUUAAAUCUUCACUUGUACAAUUCCCCUUGGGUCCUUCUCUUCAGAUUACUCCUCCAUCUUUAUCUUCUAAAAGUAAGAUUAGCAGAAUAAAUUUCUGUGGACAUGUGGCCUCUUGGUGUAGUAGAUUUGGAUAAUGACAAGAGAAGAGGAAGGGACACAAAGAGUCGUUUGGUUGCAUGACUCUUCAUCUGUAAACUUUUGUUUCUUGGGCUUCUGGGUCAGAAAAUGUUUCUCUAGGUAAGAAUGUGAAUGGAACGUCAGAUGCAAUUCUUUAUCUGAAGUGUGUCUUGGAAGUUGAUGCAUGGUUAUGCUUUAACUCUCCUAUUUCAUACUAAUGUUCCAUCUCGCCUUCUCAUUCCCUUUUUCAACAGGGAGAAUACUAAAUGAUUUCUGGAUCUUUUUUACUUCAAACUACAAAUAUGGUCUUCUUUGUGUAUCUUAGUUUUAGUAAAAUAAAGAUUUCUUUUAGGGUCUUUUCAUGGGAAAACAUCAAUUAGGAACUCUGAAGAGGAGUUGUCAGAGAGUUGUACAAGUGGUAACAUUUGGACAGGCACAUAUGUUGUCUAUAAUCUCAAGUAAUUUUGAAAUGUAAAAGUAAAAACAUAGUUAGCAAAUAUUCAUUAUUUGUUCUACUGGAAAUAAAAAUACUAAUUCAAUGGAUUUGAGUUUAUGUAAUAAUUUACAGAGUUUUUCAAUGUGUUUUUUCAGAAUGGACAUGUAAAAUUUAGUUACAUUCCAGGGAAUUUUCAGCAUAUGGGUGAUUUUGGAAGCAUUCAUAGACCCGGAAUUGUUGUUGACUAUCAAAACAAAUCCACCAAUGUGACAGUUGCUGCUGCAAGAGGAAUAAAGAGAAAAAUGAUGCAGCCAUUUAAUAAGCCCAGUGGAACCUUUAUCAAGAAACCCAAACUAGCAAAACCUAUGGAGAAGAUAAGCCUCAGCAAAUCACCCACAAAAACUGAUCCUAAAAAUGAAGAGGAAGAAAAGCGGCGAAUUGAGGCUCGGCGAGAGAAACAAAGGCGCAGAAGAGAAAAAAACAGUGAGAAAUACGGAGAUGGAUACAGAAUGGCAUUUACAUGUUCAUUUUGUAAAUUUCGAACAUUUGAAGAAAAAGAUAUUGAACUGCAUCUGGAAAGUUCUUCACAUCAGGAAACAUUAGAUCAUAUACAGAAACAAACUAAAUUUGAUAAAGUAGUUAUGGAGUUUUUGCAUGAGUGUAUGGUGAAUAAAUUCAAGAAAACAUCUAUUCGUAAGCAACAGACAAAUAAUCAAACAGAAGUAGUUAAAAUAAUUGAAAAAGAUGUUAUGGAAGGUGUUACUGUAGAUGAUCACAUGAUGAAGGUAGAGACAGUUCAUUGCAGCGCUUGCAGUGUGUAUAUCCCUGCUUUACAUAGUUCAGUUCAGCAGCACUUAAAAUCUCCUGAUCAUAUCAAAGGGAAGCAGGCUUAUAAGGAACAAAUAAAAAGAGAGAGUGUCUUGACUGCUACAAGCAUUUUAAAUAAUCCAAUAGUGAAGGCGCGAUAUGAACGUUUUGUUAAGGGUGAGAAUCCUUUUGAAAUUCAAGACCAUUCUCAGGAUCAGCAAAUAGAAGGAGAUGAGGAGGAUGAAGAGAAGAUUGAUGAACCUAUUGAAGAAGAGGAGGAUGAAGAUGAGGAAGAAGAAGCAGAGGAAGUGGGGGAAGUAGAGGAAGUGGAAGAAGUAGAGGAAGUGAGAGAAGGAGGAAUAGAGGGCGAGGGAAAUAUACAGGGAGUAGGGGAAGGAGGGGAAGUAGGGGUAGUGGGAGAAGUAGAGGGAGUGGGGGAAGUAGAGGAAGUAGAGGAAGUAGAGGAAGAAACAGCAAAGGAAGAACCUGCUGACUUCCCUGUUGAGCAACCUGAAGAAAAUUAAAUAUAAGGUAUUAGAUUUAAAAGGAGCUUUACAUUUCGGUUCUAAUGUAAAAAAGGGUAAGAAAUUUAAUAGCUUAAAAUAUGAAUUAACACCCAUGUUGCAUGCAUUCCACAUACUAAAAUUUGUUUUAUAUAAUUUCUAAAUGUUUAACAUUUGUUUAAUAAAAUGAAGGUAAAACUAUUUUAGUUUAGUUUUUAUAGCUACCAAACUUAGAUCCGAUAAAUUGUUUGUAUAAUUUUUAAGCUUAAUUUUUAUUACUUUAUUGGUGUUAAGGAUAACAAAUGUGUAUUGUUAGUAUAUCUAUUCUAAUCAUUUUAUCUUAAAUGCUGCUCUUGGGAGUGAAUAUUCAAGUGUGCAUCAAUUUUUUGAAUACUUACCCUAGAAGAUAUAAACUGGGCAAGUAUUUUGUGCUCUGACUGUGUAUUUUUUUACUGCAUUAGACAUUGAAUAGUAAUUUGCGUUAAGAUACGCUUAAAGGCUCUUUGUGACCAUGUUUCCCUUUGUAGCAAUAAAAUGUUUUUUACGAAAACUUUCUCCCUGGAUUAGCAGUUUAAAUGAAACAGAGUUCAUCAAUGAAAUGAGUAUUUAAAAUAAAAAUUUGCCUUAAUGUAUCAGUUCAGCUCACAGGUGUUUUAAGAUGAUUGAGAAGACUUGAAUUAAAGAAAAAAAAAUUCUUAAUCAUAUUUUUAAAAUAUAAGACUAAAAUUGUUUUUAAAACACAUUUCAAAUAGAAGUGAGUUUGAACUGACCUUAUUUAUACUCUUUUUAAGUUUGUUCCUUUUCCCUGUGCCUGUGUCAAAUUUUGAAGUCUUGCUGAAAAUACAUUUGAUACAAAGUU